CUCGACAUGAACGAACUUUUGAUCAACAGGGGGCGACAUUAUCCAGGGAAUAUGACGGCAAACUAUCCAGCAGCAUCACCAUCUUCACUGGACCAUCUCCUCAUCUGACAGUCACCAGGCUACUCCUUCAUGAUUUUAACGGUGGACCAAAAGCGCUGGCACAGAGGACUGACGAGUUCAUGCUCAGAUGAAAGAAGCAUACAUGUAGAUGUAACUUGUCCUACAAAGACAGAAGCAUCUACUAAAUUGCAGUUUUAUUACAAAGGAUAGAACACUCACUCACAAAGGCUGCCAGCUCAAAUUGUUCCAAACACAAGUAGAUGACUGAGAACUCUGCAUCUCAUGAUGGACAAGAAAAGUGCCAACGGCUUUCAGACCAAGGUCAACGAGGGCGGUGUACAGAGGAAACAGCUGCCCUAUUCAGUGGAGACUCCCUAUGGCUUCCAUCUGGAUCUUGACUUCCUCAAGUAUGUGGACGAUAUUGAAAAAGGCAACACCAUUAAGAGGGUCCACAUCCAGAGGAGGGUGAAAGGCCCAGCUAAAUUCAGCACUCUUCCCAGAAAUUUUAGCCUCCCUGGACAUGGAGUCAGACCUCCAUCUAAGGAAGGGGCAUGGUCUGGGACAUCUACCUUGGGCCCAAAGCCCAAAUCCCGAGUGACAGAGGUCCAACAAAUAUUUGACUUUAGGCCAAGUGAAGGGGCAGUAUCUAGUCAUAGCAGCAGAGCGACAACCAGUCAAGGAACUCCAAAUGUUUCAAACAAAUCUAGAGAUGAACCAGGCACUGUCUAUCAAGGUACUGAGGAUAAAACUGCUGUGAUUCAAAGUCGACCAAACCUCCUUAGAGCAUCAUCAAUGCCCAUCACCCUCCAGCAGAGGAAAGGUUCAGAUUCAAGCAGCCCUGACUGCACGACAGGAACGCCAGAAAAUGGAUCAACAGAGAACAUGUUUCGUGCCUCUCCAGACAUACUGGAAAGACGGUGCCUUCCACAGGAUCGGGCAGGUCUUCACCAGCAGAUAACAGUGGCACUAAAAAGAGUCAGGGAGCUGGAAGAACAGGUCAAAACUAUCCCAGAACUAAAGGCUCAGAUCUGCUCCUUAAGGGAGGAGCGGGAGAAGCUGCUUCGUCAGAUACAAACACAGUCCCAAGUUCAAGCUUCCACAUCAUCCUCUGCAAUGGCAACAACUUAUGAGACAGGGGGAAACAGUCAACGCCAAAGACCAAGACCUUCAGAAGGCCUCAAUUUAUCUUUAGCAAUUCAACCGGUUCGAGGUGUAGCUUCUGAGCAUGUGCCAGUAAAUGUAGAAGAGAGCCACAGGGAGACAAAAAGAACAAAAGAGCUACCAAUACAGAGAGAUCCUUCUACAAAUCAAAAGCAAAGUGUACCAUCAGAGACAGCUGACAAGCAAAGAGAGACAUCUAAAAGCCUGCAAGAUAAUGCAGAGGAAAGGCUAUCACAGGACACUGAAGUUGUUGCAAAAGAAAGUGAGAUUAUCAGAGAGAGUAAUGCCUCAAAAGAGGACCAAAAUGGAAUGCUAAAGCUGGAAGAGAAGCUAAUGGUGCUGGAAGCAAAACUUACUCAGGCUAGCCAGGAGCUAGAGAGAACUAAUGCUCUUUUGAAGGAACAAAUGGAAGAGAAUAAAGUAAAAGAGGACAGAAUACUGCAACUGAGUGAAGGGAUGAGAGUAGAAAUUUGUACCACACAAGUUCCUGAGAGGCCAAGAAGAGAAAGCAUAGAUGCAGGAACAGUUACAGAGAGAAUAGAUCUCAGCCACCAAGAAACUGAGACAGAAUCUCCUGCUAAAAUAGAUCAGGGAACAGAUACGGAUAAGAUCUUGGUAGAAGUGAUGGUACCCAAACCGAGGGCUAGAAUUAUUGAUCGAGGAAUAGCGACUAGUAAGCUUGACACACAUGACCAACAAACAGAAAUGGAGACAGAGGUGAUAGAGGCAAUACAACCCCGACCCAGAGCCAACAGUAUGGAACGGGGUACAAUAACAGAGAGCAUCGUCACGCAAGAUCAGACGACCGAGACGCCUGCAGCCGAAAGAGUAAACCAAGUCACAGAGACAGAGGGAGAAACAGUGACAGACCAUCCACAGAGACCAAGGGCCAGUAGCAUAGAUCAGGGAACAGAGACUGAAAGGGUGGACACUGUGGACAGAGUCACAGAGACUGAGGUAGCACAGAGGAGCGACCAGCAAACAGAAACGGAGAUAGAAAGACGGCAGGACAACAACCUGUCUGGAGACGCACAAGCAGAGGGCCGAGUGGGGGAAAGUGAAACUACUGAAAGUGAAAAAACAAAAAAAGUAGUUCAAAUAGAAAGUGAAAAUGUUGCUGUAGAGGUUGCUGCAAAGAUAUAUGUUACAGAUCUUGUUGUGCAGACUUUAGAUUCAGAAGUUGGAAAUAAGACUAAAGUCUGUCCUAGUCCAGCCUCUGGAACUGAUAAGAGGGAAGCGACCUCUGCACAGGAUGACUCAAAACCUAAAGAGCUCCAACUCUCAACUGGUGUAGAGAUUAUAGAACCUAAAAAGAUUGAAAUGGAGACAGCAGAAAACAAAGAUAAAGAAAUUGUAUGCGAAUCAGUUAAGGAAAAUGUCGUCCCUGAUACUGUUAUAGUAAUAGCUGAAAAUUCAGCUGGGAAGGCAGUAGCUCCUGUUAGACCACAGAGAGGACGCAAGCCCUCAGCAGAGCAAAUGCAGCCAACACCUCCUCAACCUCAGCUUGCACCCAUGCUCACUACUAGGGAAUCCAGUGAACCUGAAUCUGAGAAAAUCACAACAAAAGUCCAGACUGCACCACGUCAAGAGGCUGAGUUAUCAGCACAACCCUCUGAACCACAGGAAAAUGAUCAAAUGCCAUCUGUGCCUCAAGUUCAAGACAGUAGUCAAGCAGAGAAGCUGCCUGAUGAGUUGAUCAAGAAGGAGUCUAAUGUACAACCUCAGGGUGAAUCUCAAAGCGUUUCUUCUAGCUCUAGUGAGAUCCAAGUAAAGACCAAGCCCAUUCAGCCACACACUAAGUCUCAACAUGCAUCUCGUCGGGACUCAAAAGAGCAGAAAGCGCCACAGAGGGGAUCCAGUGUAUCACACCCUCCAAGUCGUGAGACAGGAGAAACAAAGACUCGUCAAAUCCGCCACGGGUCAGGUGAUACCCAAUCUCACUCCCAGAGCUUGCGAAGAAGCUCCACUGAGGCUCCAUCAUCUCAAAAAGAUGCUAGAGAGACACAAUCACUUCGGAGAGGCUCAAGCGAAGCAGCUCACCGUCGUGGUUCAAGUGAGGCAAAAGCCUUGCGACGGGAAUCUGGCGAGUCUCAGACAGCCCGCAGAGGUUCAGGUGAAUCGCCAACAUCUCCUGCAGCUUUGGGACAAGUCGUAACUCGAAUAACAGGCCUUCUUGGGGAGCAGUGGGCACAGCUCGGGAGCAGCUCUGGAGCCCAACAGACGGUCGGCCAACAGGAGAGCCCCAUAGCACCAAAGCAGACUGCAACCAAAAGAGCAGAAGCAGGAAAGGGAACCCCAGCCAAGCCCUCAGGCAAAGGUGCCCCUGCUGCAACAACUGGGAAAGCAGCGGGGAAGUCCAGUGCUUCCAAAAUGAGUUCAAUUCAAAGCCAACUGGUCAGCUCCCUCAGUGUCCUUUCAGCCUUCUACUCCCCAGGCCAGAAAGCAGCUGCCACCAGCAAGCAGCAAGAGCAAGGUCUCAAAUCUAUUAUGAAGAAAAAUGGUGUUGCUGACAAGCAGGGGAGCAAGGGAGCCAAGAAAAACCUGAAAUUUGUUGGGGUGAACGGAGGCUACGAGACAACAUCCAGCGAGGACUCCAGCGGAGAUGAAAAGUCAAGAGUAGAAGUGGAGGAGGAAGAUAAAUCCGAAGUAGUGGUGGAGAAGGAAACAGACAAAGAGUCUGAGGAAUCGGUAGGGAUCCUGGGGGCAGAUGUAGAGGUUGCUGUUGCUGCUGCUGCUCCUGCUGCUGCUGCGGCUGAGGAGGAGGAAGGUGCUGUGGGUGAAGAGAAAGAGGUUGAGAGGGGCCUCUUGGAUUUAGAAGGUGGCCAUGAGCUCCUGCAGGUGGAGGAGGCUGAAAGGGAGAAAGUAGAUAAAGGAUUCAUUGAUGCCUGCGUGUAUGUAAAGGAUCGAAUGGAAGAGGUCUCAUCUCCAGAUAAGGAAAUGCGUCAGGUGUUGGUGGUGCUUUAUCAGGAAUGGUUCAGGGUCUCGAGCCAGAAAGACUCCCAGGCAGAUACAGUCAGAUUAUACCUGAGACAAGUGGGACUGACCACCCCCACACUCCUGCCAUAUGUUGUUAACUUGACUGACGGUAAUGGGAAUAUGGCCCUCCACUACAGUGUGUCUCAUUCUAACUUCCCUGUGGUCAAGCUGCUGCUAGACACUGGUCUUUGUGAAACAGAUAAUGUGAAUAAGGCGGGAUAUACUCCAGUGAUGUUGGCUGCCCUGACCGCUGCUGAAAGCCCAGAUGAUCUAGAGGUGGCCGAGCAGCUGCUAAAACUUGGCGAUGUCAACGCGCGCUCCAGACAGGCUGGCCAGACCGCGCUCAUGCUUGCAGUGAGCCACGGUCGCGUUGCCAUGGUGAAGCUGCUUCUGAGCUGCGGCGCAGAUGUAAAUGCACAGGACAGUGAGGGAUCUACGGCCCUGAUGUGUGCCUCCGAGCAUGGACACACGCACAUUGCUUGUUUGCUGCUGGAGACAGGUCACUGUGAUAUCGGACUCACAGAUAAGAAUGGUCAAACAGCCCUGUCGGUGGCAGAAGCAGCUGCUCAUCAAGAUAUCAUCGAUCUUCUAAAAUCCCAUGCAUCUGAGCCCAUGUCUGCUGCAGACCUCCUCUGAGUUCUACACUGUUUUCCAAACCAUUCUAGGUCAACAUCUGCCUCUACUUCCACGAUUCUCUUCCCACUAACAGAAUGGAAAAAAAAAAAAAAAACUAAAGUAAAUACUGAAUAUGAUGCUAAAUGAAGAUAAGCAUGGGGCUGCCUUUAUGACCUCUGGGAAUAGAGUGUUUCUUUUAUGCCUCAACCACAAUGUCUUGUUUUUUUUUUGUUUGUUUGUUUUUUUUGAUGAAAUGAUUAAUGAGGGUUGAACAAAGUUAAAAUAAGAUAUUGCUGUGGCAACAAUUGGUGCCAGCAGCAGAUUGAGCAGGGAACAGGGUGAGAAUAAAAAAAAGGAUCAUACGGGAGAGAACUUCUGAACUGCUGCAUCUUAAUAUAAACUAACUCUUAAAGCAAAAUACUAAGCACAUGAUCUACCUUUCAAAUAUAUAUAAAUAUAACAUCAUUUCUAUUUUCUUUAAUCACACUGACAUUUUUUUUUCCAUAUUUGGACAUAAGCCAUUAUUGAGAGCAUCUUAUAUACAGAAUGUUAUUCUAAGAAAUCAUGAUCAUACAAACAGAGACUGUAUUUUCUACUGCACUUUUUUUUACUGUGUAUGUGUACAGUGAAUAUGAAUAUAUUCAACUCCUGAGCAAACUAUAUAGCACGGAGUUAAAAAAGAACUGACAUCAAAUAAUGAAUCAUUACUCCACAGUGGUCAUGUUUUUCACGUGGUUCAUGGGUGAUCAUCAUUUGUGUUAUUGAAAAACCAAUGGUUUAGUCUAAAAUGAAAUUCAGUAUUUUUUAUAACAAUAUAUUGAGGCUGAAAAAAGACAAGUCAAGAGAUUGUAUUGAGCUGCAUGCUAAUACAGUUACUCCCCCUACUGGCUGUUUUAAAUAUAGCGUCACAAACCAGUAUGUUGUAAUACUGUUUGUGAUCCUCAGCUGUCUGUAUACAUAUAUAAAUAUAUAGUAUCUCACAAAAGUGAGUAAAUCCUAUUUUACAUUAAAUAUCUUAUUAUAUCUCUUCAUGGGACAACACUGAUGACAUACUGAAGCAGGGUUCAGUAGUCACUUUACAGCUUGUGUAUCCCAGUAAAUUUACAAUCCCCUAAAAAUAACUAUACAAGACCACUAAGAGCUUCACUGCUGGCUACAAAAGUGAGUGCAUCCCCAGGUGAAAAUGUUCAAAUUAUGACCAAAGUGCCAACAUUUUAUGUGGCCACCGUCAUUUUUCUGUACUGUCUUAACUCUCUUAACUUAGUAGGGUUUAGGUCUGGUUUAGCAAUACUGCCUUGUGACCGAGUUUUCAAAGGGAAAGGAUCAUGAAACUGUAGCUUCCCACAGCCAGCAACGCUUGUGCACCCCCAAACCAUGAUACACCCACUGCCAUACUUGACAGUAGGCACUUGUCUUUUUACUCCUCACCUGGUUGCUGCCACAACCAGGUGAGGCUAAACCAACAGGUUUAUCCUGGUCUCGUCAGACCAUAGGAACAUGGUUACUGUCUGCUUCUCUGGCUGCUGAAUUUCUUGUGCAUCGUCUUUAGAAAAGAGUACCUUCUGGGAGCACAGACCAAUUUGAUGCAGUGUGCACCAUAUGGUUUGCACCAUCUGCAGCAGUGAUAGCACCCAUAGGUCAGUUUUCAAAAGUCAACCUCUGGAUACAACGCAGAACAUGUGCACUCAACGUAUGUGGUCAUUACACAGGGGAGGUAUUUUGAGGGGACAGAAAACACAAAGUUAUACAUGUGGUACACUGACUACUUUACAUUAUAUCAAAGUGUUAUACCUUCUGUGUCGUCCCAUCAAGAGGUAAAAUAGAAUGCUAACAAAAAUACAAGGGGUGUAACCAGUAUUGUGAUAUAUAUCAAUAUAUCUCUCUAUUUACAUAGAUAGAUAUAUAUGUCUACAUAAAUAUCUAUCUAUCUAUACAUACAUAUAGAGGGAUGUUUGUGUGAUUGUUCUAACCAUGUAUGCAACACGUACAGAAUGCACAAUGAAUGUUGGGCUGGCUGUGACACAUUCCAAAAGAAUAAAAAUGUAGCAAGUUUUAACUAACCCUGCAUGGAUGACAAGUUGCAAGACUUCGAAUCAGUCGCGAUGUUAACUUUAUUACAAAUAUAUGUCUAAAGACUUUAAAUUAGUCCUGGUGAUGAAGCGGUCUUUAGAUUGUAGAGCUUAGUUCAUUAGGCUCUCGUACCCAUCAGACCAGACAUAUUAAAAUCCUCAGCAGGGAGUUUUGUUUGCAAUAAGAAGCAAUAAAAAAUAUUAUGUAUGGGACUAUGGUGCAGCCUUAAAUGGAUAACCGUUCUUAUUCUAGAGCUGAGGUUUUAUUUUCCAGGGAAACAGAUGUUCUUUUGUGGAGCCUUUUCUAAUGCAGCUCCUUGCAGGAGUGUGGUCUUAUGAAAUGUUUACAAUGAAACAUUCCUUCCACAGUGACCACAGCAGAUGCCAAACAUCUAACAAUGUUUACAUGAUCAAAGGGGAUAAGAUGAAAAUAAUAAUUCAGCAAAUGUUUAAAUAAUGCAUUUAAUUAUUUUACCUCAGUUUACCCUUUAGUGGGAUUAAUAAAUACAAGUCAUGUCAGUUACGGAAUUCUGGUAAAACUGUAUGAAAAGCCUUACAAUAAAUUAAAUACUAAUUGCAGUGGCAUAAUCUUACAUUGAUUUAGUUGCGAGAAAAUCUUAUAUUAAGAAGUUGUUUUGUUUUGUCUGUUGAGGGAGAGCUGGUGUCUCACAACCAUUUUGUUGAAAACAAUUAUUCCCUGAAGCAAAAUUUCCCCCUCGCUGAAUAAAAGUACAGACAAAUAGAAAGGGGUGAUAUUAUUUAACAUGUUUAGUGUCAGAUCAUGUUACUUCAAUUAAAGACUGAUUUUUUUUUUUUUUUAAGGCUUUAAACAUGUCUUUGCCAGAGGUGCCAUUAAAUGUGGAGGGCUGUUAAUGAGGCCUUGUUAAAUCUGAUUUAUGUUGGGGAACAUCUGUUUGCAAGAGUCAUUGGAGCUACAAGUCGAAUGUUGUCAUGUAAGGUAACAAAUAUAUAAGUAGCAAUCCAAUCUGCAUGACAAAAUCAAUUUCUGUGUUGAGGGAAAACUUCAGGCAAUUAAUCAAACUGGAGGAUUUCUAGCACAAGAUUAACAUAACUGUUACUUUAACAAUGUUUAGGCCUUACUUGUCUCUAAAACUUGAUUUCAGUUUCAUUAGUACUCCUUAAUAAUACAUUUAAUUGCUUUCUUGAGAUCUGUUCUAAUUUUCUUUUUAUUGCGGUCACACCAUCGAUCCCAAAUACUGUAAACUAAAUCAAAAAUAGGCACAGAAUUGGGACUAUAACUGAUAUUUGAAAAAAAAAAAAUCAUUUGUAUGAAUAUAUAUAUAUAUAAAGUCAGAAUUUACAUGAAACAUAACUUUUUACAAAUGGACUAAAUAAUAGCACAUAUUUCUAUGUAGCAUUAAUUAUUCCCUGUGCUACAGUUACAGAUUAGAACAGAAAUGUAUGAAUAUGUUCCUUUUGCAUAGCUGCGGGACGUCAAACCCGUGCUGAGAGAAGUGUCUGGUCUUCCGUGCCUACACAUCUUUAUGGAAAUUUAUGUUUAAUCCCGUAUGUGACCCAGAUGUGGUAUGAUUUCACGUCUGGUUGAUCAACAAAGACCUGAAAUCAACUUUGUUCCACAUGGGGUUAAAUUUGUGUGUUUUCUUCUGUAAAUCCAGCCAAAUACAUGUAUAUAAAGUAUUGUGAAAAAUAUAUAACAAGUAUUGUCUGACAGUCUUAUAAUUAUAUGAGGUAUUUAUUCUAAAUGCUAUAUUUUUACCAUAUAUAUAUAUAAAUAUAUGACAAAAUUAUGUAUGCAUGGAGAAAAAUAUUCAAGUAAUAGUGCUCGAAGGGAACCCGACUGUCAUUAUUUCACUUUUACUGGUUGGCUGUUUGUGAUAAUGUGUGACUUGAUAAAGUUGUGGAUUAUCGUGCGCCCAUCACGCUAAUUUGGAAAUGUGUAGGAAAACAGCAAAAAGGAAUGUCCUGCAGGGCAAUGUCUCCCUAGUUUGAAUAUCAAUCUGAGAGCCCAUAAAUAAUACAGAUUAAAAUAAAA